AUGCACAUCUCCAACGCAAUUGCCCUCAUCGUGGGAUCUUUGUCCUUGGUCGCUGCCGCCGACGACAACGUCAGGGUAGGAAGGACGGCACUGCCUCAGCUGACCAGCACUGAUACUAAGCAGGGCAUCCUUUACACCGAAGAGAACGGCGGCGGAAUCUCGUUCAAGAUCCGAUCAUCAAACUGCAUCCGACUUCGGAAGCCUUUGACCGGCGCCGUCCGCUCCAUUUCCGUCACCUUAUUCCAGGAAUGCACCCUCUACUACGACCGUCAAUGCGAUAGUGGCGUGAAGCACGUCGACUUCUACAACGACGAGAAUAAAAUCCAGGAUCCGGCCGUCGAGGCGGUUCGAUGCGCUGAUGUUGACGCCAACUGCGCUGCAGCGCGCGACCAAGAGCUCUAG